AUGAGAAUUGUGUCGUGGGCUGUAUGCUUAGGGGCUUUGGUUCCCAGUCUGGUUUCCGGUUACAAGAGGGUUCAUCGUCCCAAGGACAAAGAAACGACGAGUGAGGAGCCCAAGCCUUGGAUUCGGACGAUUUACUCUACGCAGAAGGAGAUUGUCACUCCUACUGUCAUUGCUGGUGUUACGUUUUCCGCAAAGCCACUUGCGACUCCAGACCCGUUGGAGCCAUGGGUUUCUUUGAACAAGGAUGGUUCGCCAAAGACGAUCAAGCCGGAAAUCAAAAACGGGCGUACGAGGAAGGCUAGGCCAGACUACUCUACGUACUUUCAGACCCUCGGAAUUGUCACUAUGAAGUACGAUGAAGUCCAAGCUCACAACAUGGAUCCUAACGAUGUCUACGAGGAGGAAAUUUUCAUCGAUGAGGACAAAACGUACGUGUCGUUGAACCCUAUUGGCAGAUGUACUCCAGCUGGCUACUUUAAUAAGGGCCUGUCCAAGGAUAUUAGCAGUGAGCCCUUCUGUACUCCACGUGAGAAUGUCUUGUGGAAAGUUGAUAAGACUUACUUUGUCAGUUGGUACACGCAUUUCUUCAGGGAUGAAAACUCGGAUAAAGUCAUCGAUAGAGUGAGGGUCCAUUUGUCGUACGUGAGAGAGAAAGCUGACGAGAAGGGAUUCCAUAAGAGAGACAUCAAGGGUACAUUUUUUUCUUCCGAAUGGUUGAAGAACGUCGAUGGUAUGUUGCCAGUCACUGUCGAUGAAAAAUGGCUGCAAGGGUACUACGAACGUAAAAUCAUUGUAUCCGUGCAACCGGAAAACGUUCCAGAUGACGAGUUCAACCCGUUGCUGAAUGGUGUGAUGGUUAACAUGUUGCUCGGUUCUAAAGUGGCCAAGACCACGAAAGAAGAGUGGGCCAGACAAGACGCCGGUAUUUACGACAGGGAGUGGUACUACGUUGCGCUGAGUAUCCCAACGGUCGUUGUCAUUGCAAUCGUGGCGAUCUACUUUUUUUUACAGUUGAAUGGCAAGAACAGAGACUUCUCUGACGUUACAAGAAGUGCGCUAGCCAAAAAGCAUCGUGUCUUGGGGCCAAUCUCCAAGAUGAAAAAAUUCAAAAACAUGAAGAAUCAUAAGUACAGUGAAUUGCCGAUUUCGAACAAAUCGAGUAAGCAAUACUGA